AUUGCAAUUCGAUCCGGUUGUUUGGGUCCGACUGAAAUUUGCUCAAUUUUUACGCCCUUCUCUCCUCAAACACCAUACCCUCCGACGACUGCUUAGCUUGUAGAAAAAAUGGCGGCGGCAGAUUCAGACGACAAAACGAGGGCCGAGAGAUCGAUCCUAGGUUUUCUACAGUCCAACGAAGUGAUAUCAGACUCUCAUCAGUUCGCUUCCAGCGUCGGAAUCGGCCACAGCGAGCUCGAGAGCGUCAUCAAGAGCCUCUGCGGAUUCCAACUGAUCGAAUCUCAGGAUAUAAAGAAGGAGCGAUGGUUGUUGACUGAUGAAGCGAAGUCGUACGCUUUGAAUGGAUCGCCGGAGGCUCAGGUGUUUUGGGCAGUGCCUGCUGAGGGGAUAUCAAGAGCCGAACUCGAGAAAAAAGUAGGCAGUCAGAUUUUUAAGAUCGGUUCAUCACAAGCUAUUAAAAACAAAUGGGUGGAGAUCGGGAAACAAUUGGUCUCGAGAAAGGUGGAUCAUGUCGAAGAUAGCGUCAAAGAUUUGCUAAAAAAUAUUGAGGAUGGAAAGAUGGUCGAUGACAAGGACAUUGCUACACUGAAAAAGAGGAAGCUCAUUACCCUUCAGACAUGGAAGGGUUACUCUCUGAAAAAAGGCCCUAAAUAUGCACCAGAGAGAAAGAAGGUUGCAACUGAUCUAACUCGGGAACAUCUACUGAGGGGUGACUGGAAGGAUGUAGAGUUCAAAGACUACAACCUAGAUGUUCAAGAACAACCAAUUGAAAUAGGCUACCUGCAUCCUCUGCUUGAGGUGCGAGAAGCAAUCCAGAAUAUCUUUCUUCAGAUGGGUUUUGAGGAGAUGCCAACAAACAAUUUUGUUGAGAGCAGUUUCUGGAACUUUGAUGCACUAUUCCAACCUCAACAGCACCCUGCUCGUGAUUCACAUGAUACUUUCUUUCUUAAAGUUCCUUCUACCACACGAGAAUUACCUGAAGAUUACCUGGAGAAAGUAAAACAAGUCCAUGAGAUUGGUGGUUAUGGAUCCCUGGGAUAUAGGUAUAGAUGGAAAAGGGAAGAAGCAGAGAAAAAUCUCCUCCGAACUCACACGACCGCAGUUUCCACAAGAAUGCUUUACCUACUUGCUCAGAAGAAGCCUUUUACUCCCAAGAGAUACUACUCUAUAGAUCGUGUUUUCAGGAACGAGGCUGUUGACCGAACUCAUCUGGCAGAGUUUCAUCAGAUAGAAGGUGUCAUAUGUGAUCGGAAUCUCACACUUGGUCAUCUGAUUGGAGUGUUGAAUGAUUUCUUUGCUUCCCUUGGCAUGAAAAAGCUGCGGUUCAAGCCCGCUUAUAAUCCAUACACUGAACCAAGCAUGGAAAUCUUCAGUUAUCAUGAAGGUUUGGACAAGUGGGUGGAGGUUGGCAAUUCUGGCAUGUUUAGGCCUGAAAUGUUGCGCACCAUGGGGUUCCCGGAGGAUGUUUCUGUUAUUGCAUGGGGUCUUUCGCUAGAGAGGCCAACAAUGAUUCUAUACGGGAUUAACAACAUCAGGGACCUCUUUGGACCGAAGGUGGAUUUCAAUCUUAUCAAAAGCAGCAAGAUCUGCCGUUUAGGUUGGCAGUAAUCCUCUCAGGUGGAGAGAUUGCCUGGAAUUAAAUUUGUGGAACCCCGGUUGCCUUCGUUCAAUGAAAUUGAUUUGAUUAUGUUGAUAGGAGCAAUUUUGAAACGUGAUGGUAUUUCAAGUACAUCAUUUUCUUUCUUAUGUUCCUCACUGAAAUACAGUGGGUAAUCAAGUACAGGGACAACAUGUAACUACUGCAUGUAAUAUAUAAUUUUUGGUAAUAUUUUAAUGAUAUGGGAACUAGUUUGCAUA